AUGUCAGCAAACCACUUCAAGAACGUCACGGUCUUUGGUGCCGGCGGCACCAACAUCGGCCACCACAUCGUCAAAGCCCUACUCUCCAAACCCGACCUCUUCGCCGUGACCAUCUUGGCCCGGCGGUCCUCCAAGUCCACAUUCCCCGCCGGCGCGCAAGUGAAAUAUGUCGCCGACUCCUUGCCACACGCCGAUCUCGUCACCGCCCUACAGGGUCAAGACGUCGUCAUCUCCGCCAUCGGCUUCGGCGCGCUAUCUCUCGAAAGGAAUCUCAUCGACGCGGCCACCGACGCGGGCGUCAAGCGGUUCUUCCCCUCGGAAUACGGCGUCAACAACACGCACAGUGCCGCACGUGCGCUGUGCCCUGUCUUUAACGCCAAGGGCGAAAUGAUCGAAUACUUGGCCGACAAGCACCCGCACCUGACGUGGACGGCCGUGCCCACGGGCCUGUGGCUCGACUGGGCGCUCGACCCGGCCAUCGCGUUCGCGGGGAUCAAUAUGGCGGACCGCACCGCCGCGCUGUGGCAGGGUGGGGAGCACAGAUUAUCGUGGUCGACGCUGCCUUGGGCCGCCGAGGGGAUUGUGCAGAUCCUCCUCGCCCCGCCGGAGAUCACGGCGAACAAGGUCCUCCCGCUGCAUGGGUUCCUCGCGUCGCAGAAUGAGAUUGUCGCGGUGUUGGAGGAGGUGCAGGGCGUCGAGUACACGGUCUCGAACCUGGACGGGGGGGCCAUGGUCGCCAAGGCGAGGCACUCGUGGGAUGAGAAUAGGGAUGUGAAAUCCGCGCUGGAGCUGGUCAAGGCCGGAUUCUUCCUCGAUGGGUAUGGUAGUGAUUUGGUGGGUGGGGGGAUUGUGGCGCUUGGGAACGAUGUGCUGGAUUUGGCGCCGUUGAGGUUGGAGGAUGUGGUCAAGACGGCGGUGGAGAGGUGGGCGUAG